AUGACGGUCAGUAACACCGAACUUUAUCCUGGAGACAAAUUCUUCAAGUCGUUCACCAAGACAUGGCACAACAAGCCUUAUCCCCAAAUCUCGCCCUUCCGCCCGGAGCUGCGGAUCGCCGGCAGUGUCGUAUUUAUCACGGGUGGUGGCACUGGCAUAGGGUUCGCCACCGCAAUCGCCUUUGCACAGGCCGGUGCCAAAAUCAUCGCCAUCUUCGGCCGCCGUAUCGACAAACUGAGGUCGGCCGCUAAAGAGAUCACCGAAGCAAACCCCAAUGGGACAACAACCGUCAUAUUUGAGGGCGUGGACUUGAGCCAGCGUGCCGCCGUGGAAGCUGCCUUUGUCAGUGCUAUCAAAAAGGCUGGCGAAGUCCGGAUUGAUAUCUUCAUACACAACGCUGGCAUCCUACAAACCCAGGGGUUCGUUGCAGACUACGACUACGACCUGUACCGCAGAGGCUUGGACCUCAACAUGGAUGGUGCCUUCAACACCGUCCAGGCGAUGUUGCCCCUCCUGGCCCCCGAAGCCAAGGUUUUCAAUAUCUCCUCGUGUAUUGCACAUAUCAGUCUAAUGCCUCGUUGCUGGGCCUACGCUGCAACCAAAAUUGCAAACGUCAAGAUGUUCGACUACUUUCAGGCCGAGAAUCCGAACUUACACGUUGUCAAUGUUCACCCUGGGGUCGUGAAUACCGAACUCAAUGCCGGCACAGAGCAUGAUGGUGUAGGAGUCGAUGAUGGUAAGCAGGAUCUCGUUCCUUUCCUCGUCUCCCGUUUUUACUUCUGCCCUUCUCCACAAGUCCAUGUUGAGUUCUCCUAUCUUUGCUACAUUUAA